AGCGGGAUUUAACGUGGAGACAGCGGGACUUAAUUGCUGCGGAUUGCAAUGAUUGCCACAACUCAGCAAAACAUGACCACGGACCUGGACCUGGGUGGUUCAGGUGGUCCCCCACGGAACUGGAAGGGCAUAGGAAUCGCCAUGGUGGUGAUCCUGGCCGUUAUGUCUCUGGUCAUUCUCUCCAUCAUCAUCCUCACACCUGAUGAAUCUCACUUGUUACUUCGCUCCCGUCUCACCAUGGAGGACCUGGAGAGUGAGGAGUUCAAAGUUCAUGACCCCUGUGUGGCAUGGCUGAAUGAAAACGAAGUGGCUCUCCGCACCAGAGAGGGGCAUGUCCUGUCAUACAGCCUCAACAGCAACCUCACAGCUACCCUGCUGGACAACAGCUCCCUGGACCUGACCACCACUAAAUUCCACGUGUCUGCAGACAAGAGGUUUGUCCUGUUGGCGUAUAACAUUCGUCCGGUGUUCUCUCAGUCCUUCACAGCCUCCUAUGCUAUCUACAAUGUGGCUAAUGGGGAUCUUGUGGAGCUUAACCCUCCGGAGAGGGAGAAGGAAGUGCUACAGUACGCAGCCUGGGGGCCUCAGGGGAACCAGCUGGCCUAUGUGUUUGAAGGCAGUAUCUACUACAAGCCAGGUGUGGCCAGCCAAGCCGUGAGUCUCACUCACACAGGCCUCGAACAGCAGGUGGUCAAUGGGAUCUCAGACUGGACCUAUGAAGAGGAAGUGCUUUUGACCUAUGCUGCCCACUGGUGGUCCUCUGAUGGAGCCCGGCUGGCGUACCUCACCAUCAACAACUCCGCCACACCUAUGAUGGAGAUACCUUACUUCUUAGGUGGCCUCUACCCCUCCAAUGCGUUCUUUCCCUAUCCCAAGGCCGGAUCAAGCAUUCCCUCUGUCAGUCUGUUUGUAGUGAAUCUGUAUGGGCCGGCUCACACUCUGGAGAUGAUCCCUCCUGACUCCAUCAGGGCCAGAGACAGCUACAUCUCCAUGGUGACUUGGGUCAGUAGCACACGCCUUGCAGUGCGUUGGCUAAAUCGUGCCCAGAACCAAUCAGUGCUCUGUGUGUGUGAGGCCACCACUGGGGCGUGCUCAGAGAAACACAAAAUGGCCAUGGAUCUAAUGCAAAACCAAAGGCAGGAGGUGCCGUUGUUUACAGCUGACGGGUCCGUGUUUUAUAUGAUCCUGCCAGCAAAACAGGGGGCUCGUGGGGAGUUUCACCACAUUGCCAGCCUCUCAGCCCAGCCUGCCAUCCCCUCUGUCCCUCCUCGCUUCUUGACAUCAGGGAACUGGGACGUCACCUUGCUCUGCGCCCUAGACGAGAAGGCUGGGAAGAUCUAUUUCCUGAGCACAGAAGAAUCCAGGCAAAGCAGACACCUUUACAGUGUGGACCUUGACGGAGUUUUUCAGCGCCAAUGUCUCUCCUGUAAUCUUCUAGACGGAUGCAGCUUUUUUAAAACUGAAUUCAGUCCCAAUCAGACACAUUUCACUCUCUAUUGCCUCGGACCUGGGAUCCCUAAAGUGACAGUUCACAGUACAAAGGACCCCUCCAGAUACAUAGUCCUGGAGGAUAACAGUGCUCUGGCUGAAGCCCUGGAGGACAAAAGGCUCCCUGAGACUCUGUUCAGGACUCUCUCAGCAGACAACCAUGAUCUGCACCUCAAGCUAUCGCUACCUCAGGGAUAUGAGGCCAACCUGCACCCUCUUCUCAUCAUCGUAGAUGGAGUCCCUGGUAGUCAGUCAGUGACAGAGGAAUUUGCCCUGGACUGGACUCAGGUCCUCGCCAGCACACACGACGUGGCCUUGGCCUGGGUGGAUGGAAGGAGUGGCGUCGGACGUGGACAGAAGACCUCCGCCGUGGAUCCACGCAAACUUGGCGCGCUUAGAGUCAAAGAUUAUCUGGGAGUUGUAGAGUGGUUGAUGCAACUGCCUUACAUUGAUGAUCGUCGGAUAGCCCUCUAUGGCAAGGCAUUUGGUGGUUAUUUAACUCUCAAGAUGUUAGCUGCAACUGACAACUUGUUUCAGUGUACAGCUGCCGUGGCGCCCAUAACUGACUUCAGACUUUAUAGUGCUGCGUUCUCGGAGAGGUUUCUAGGACUUCCAGCAAAGGAGGAGCAUACUUAUUCAACUGCCUCUUUGCUGGAGGAUGUCAACAAGCUGAAAGAUGAGAAUUUUCUUGUUCUGCAUGGAACUGCAGAUGCCAGGGUACACUUCCAGCAGAGCGCUGAGCUCCUGAACCGACUGGUGAAGGUGGAGGCCAACUACUCUCUGCAGCUGUACCCAGACGAGGGCCACAUCCUCAGAGAGCCUCGCAGCAUCCAGCACUUCCAGCGGACACUGGUGAACUACCUCCAAACCUGCUUGAGGCACAGCCUCUUCCUAGAUCCCAUAGAGGAGGAGGAGGAGGAGGAUGACUGAACGGAGAGCUCCCCUUCUUCUGGAAAGAGACUCUUAGGACUGCACCAUCUAAUUAUGCAUUACCUUGGGUUGGACUACUAGGCACAAGAGCACAGGAGUGGGGACCAAACACAUGAGAUCACCGCCUACAACUUCUGAAAAACGUAUAUAUAUAUAUAUAUAGAUAUAUCUUCUUCUACUCAGUUCUUUGUGCUGUUACAUGUUUAAGGCCCUGUUUGUUUACAGAAGUCACAAGAUGAUGUGGACUAGUAGGCUACUGAUUCUACCAAAAGUUUACAAUAGUCAAAAACAUGCAUGUCGUAAAGGCUGCAUGAUACGGAGUAGUUUACAAUGCAUUCUUCUGUUUUACAUCUUUGACUUAGCCCAACAGGGGUAAAUGUGUACAAUCUGCCUAAAUGAAGAUAAUUCAGCAUACUUAUUAUUUUAAAUGUGCCAAACACUUCACCUGAACUUUACCCAUUGGUUUUAUGAGUAUUACAUGCAUUAGUACAAUAAAGAAUGAUUAUGCAAUUGAGACUAUUUACACCACAAGUUCAGAUUCAAGUAUAGAUGUGAAGUAUGAGCAGACAAAUUAAAGCAACACCACAUAAUUAACAAUAUAUGUAGGUCUGUCUAUAUGUUUGGUAGUAAAAUAUGUUUCCAUUUUGAUCCAUCAGGGCAUUUUAGUGUUUUUCUUGUGCAUUGCAGAAUCUCUUUCUUUGUACAAACUGUUGAGCUAUUAUGUUACAUUCCACAGAGGCAAAGGUCUUGGCUAUCACGGAGAAAGCUAUCAGUCAAACCAUGCUUUAUACUGGUGAACUGCAUGUAGUUGUUUUGAAACCGAAUGCCCUUGAGUCUAGACAGCUGGUUAUUCCUUUUUUCAACAAUCCUUGACAAUAAAGAAUGAAGUUCUUG